GGGGAAACUUCCUCCUAAAUUUCCCAUACCACUCUUUUUGUCAUCUUAUCCCCUCUCUCUUUCUACAAAUAAUCUUCACGAUCUAACUGUUUAGCUUUUUUGGCAAAUCCUUCUCCCGAUCUCUAAUGUCCACAGAAUCUUUUUUUUUUUUCCGUCGGUUGCGGCUGAUUAGUUAGUCACGCCUUUUUUUUUUUUUUUUUUAAUUUUUUUUUUCGAAUUUUAUCAACCAAGUAAUACACUACAACAGCGCUUUCAUUUCGCCACAAAAACAGCUGUGUAAUUGUUCAUCGUCGUUUGUAUCAAAAAAAAAAAAAAAAAAAAAAAAAUCAUCGGUUUACUGUUUCUGUUUUCCGUUUUCCGUUCUUAUUUUCGAUCCCUCAGCUUCCGCUGUUUCCAAAUCUCUUAACAGAAUACCUUUCUCUUCGGUCGGCGCGGUGGGCCCCCCUAUUAAUUUCUCUCUUCUCUUUCUUUCAUUUCUUUUUUUCUCUAGGGAUACAGCUCGCUGCUACGAGGAAAUUUGCGUAGCAGUGUGCCAUCUCUCUUGCGACAGGAAAAAGACACGUUUUAUUUACCAUUAUGGCCUCAAGUGAUUCAAAUAAUGGCAACCACCGCCACCGCCACCACCACCACAAUCACCACUAUCAGGACGAGGAGGCUGGCAACGGCCCUGGCUCCGCCAAGUUUGCGGACUAUGAAUCGUCGGGCGAUCCCUUCGACAUUCCGCAAACCAAGAAUGCCUCUCUGGAGACUCUCAAGCGAUGGAGGCAAGCGGCAUUGGUGCUAAAUGCUUCCCGCCGAUUUCGUUACACUUUGGACUUAAAAAGGGAAGAAGAGAAAGAGCAAAGAAGAAGAAUGAUUAGAUCCCAUGCACAAGUCAUAAGAGCAGCAGUACUUUUCAAACAAGCUGGAGAAAAUCAAAUUGUAAUAGGUCCCUCGGCUACACCCUUAACUCCAAGUGGUGAUUAUGGAAUUGGUCUUGAGCAACUUGUUUCAAUUACCAGGGAUCACAAUAUAUCUGCUCUACAGGACUAUGGAGGGGUUAAAGGUGUAUCACAAUUGCUAAAAUCAAAUCUAGAGAAAGGGAUUACUGAGGAUGAAACUGACUUGAUAAAACGGAAGAACUCAUUUGGAUCAAAUACUUAUCCUCGGAAAAAGGGGCGGAGUUUCUUGAGGUUCCUUUGGGAAGCUUGGCAAGAUUUAACCCUUAUCAUCUUGAUUGUAGCUGCUGUGGUGUCAUUGGCACUUGGAAUUAAAACAGAGGGUGUGAAAGAAGGAUGGUAUGAUGGGGGAAGCAUUGCCUUUGCUGUAUUUCUUGUUAUAAUAGUCACCGCUGUUAGUGAUUAUCGACAAUCGCUUCAGUUUCAGAAUCUAAAUGAUGAAAAGCGAAAUAUACAAGUGGAGGUUAUUAGAGGUGGUAGAACAGUAAAGAUCUCGAUAUUUGAUAUUGUUGUUGGUGAUGUUGUCCCUCUAAAAAUAGGCGAUCAGGUUGCUGCUGAUGGCAUCUUAAUUACUGGUCAUUCUUUGGCGAUCGAUGAAUCUAGCAUGACAGGCGAAAGCAAGACUGUUCAUAAGGAUCAUAAAGCACCCUUUUUGAUGGCGGGUUGCAAAGUAGCAGAUGGUUUUGGUACCAUGCUGGUAACUGGUGUUGGGAUCAAUACAGAAUGGGGAUUGUUGAUGGCAAGUAUCUCAGAGGAUACUGGUGAAGAGACGCCCUUACAGGUGCGCUUGAAUGGAGUUGCAACUUUUAUAGGCAUAGUUGGGCUUUCUGUAGCUGUUUUUGUGCUUAUUAUCCUUUUGGUGAGAUACUUUACUGGACAUUCAAAAAAUCCAGAUGGAAGUACCCAAUAUGUCCGUGGUGUGACUAGUGCCAGUAAAGUAGUAGAUGGAGUCAUUAAAAUUUUUACUGUUGCAGUCACCAUUGUGGUUGUUGCUGUGCCUGAAGGGCUUCCUUUGGCUGUUACCUUGACCCUAGCAUACUCAAUGCGGAAAAUGAUGGCAGAUAAGGCCUUGGUGCGUAGGCUUUCAGCCUGUGAAACUAUGGGCUCUGCAACAACAAUUUGCAGUGAUAAGACAGGAACAUUGACACUUAAUGAGAUGACUGUAGUUGAGGCUUAUGUUGGGAAAAAGAACAUAAAUCCACCUGAUGAAUCUUCACAAUUGCAUCCUGUGGUAUCCUCUUUGCUGAUUGAGGGCAUUGCACAAAAUACCACGGGUAAUGUUUUUCUGUCUAAGGAUGGUGUAGGUGUAGAGGCUUCUGGUUCUCCUACUGAAAAGGCCAUCCUUUCUUGGGCAGUCAAGUUGGGAAUGAAUUUUGAUCUUGCGAGAUCAGAGUCGAUGAUUCUGCAGGUCUUCCCUUUCAACUCAGAGAAAAAGCGUGGUGGUGUUGCAGUAAAGCUGAAUGACUCUGAAGUUCAUAUACAUUGGAAGGGAGCAGCUGAGAUAGUUCUAUCUGCAUGUACGGGGUAUCUUGACUCAAAUGGUUGCUUACAGUCCAUUGAAGAAGAGAAGGAAAUUUUCAAGGCAGCUAUUAAUGACAUGGCUGUGAGAAGCUUGCGAUGUGUUGCCAUUGCAUACCGAUCAUAUGAAUUAGACAAAGUUCCUGCAGAUGAGGAGAAUUUAGCUCAAUGGGCUUUACCUGAAGAUGACCUUGUUUUGCUUGCUAUUGUUGGUAUAAAGGAUCCCUGUCGGCCCAGUGUCAAAGAUGCAGUGAAAGUGUGUCAGAAAGCUGGUGUAAAGGUAAGAAUGGUCACUGGAGAUAAUCUUCAAACAGCAAAAGCAAUAGCUCUGGAAUGUGGAAUACUUUCUUCAAUUGAAGAUUCUACUGAGCAUAAUAUCAUUGAAGGAAGAGUGUUCCGCGAAUUUUCUGAAAAAGAAAGAGAACAAAUUGCCAAGAAAGUCACGGUAAUGGGGAGGUCUUCUCCUAAUGACAAGCUCUUGCUCGUGCAAGCACUUCGUAAGGGAGGAGAUGUUGUUGCUGUAACGGGAGAUGGCACCAAUGACGCUCCUGCACUUCAUGAGGCAGAUAUUGGUCUUUCUAUGGGCAUUCAAGGAACUGAAGUUGCAAAAGAAAGCUCAGAUAUCAUUAUCUUGGAUGAUAACUUUGCUUCAGUUGUAAAGGUUGUCCGCUGGGGGCGUUCUGUCUAUGCAAAUAUUCAAAAAUUCAUCCAGUUCCAGCUUACGGUUAAUGUUGCAGCUCUUACAAUUAAUGUUGUAGCAGCAGUGUCCUCUGGUGAAGUUCCUUUAAAUGCAGUGCAGCUUCUAUGGGUUAACCUUAUCAUGGACACUCUUGGAGCACUUGCUUUGGCUACAGAACCUCCAACAGACCACCUUAUGGAUAGAACACCAGUUGGCCGAAGGGAGCCUCUUAUAACAAAUAUAAUGUGGAGGAACUUACUCAUACAGGCUGUUUAUCAAGUAGUCGUCCUCCUUGUCCUCAACUUCGCGGGCUUGAGCAUUCUUCGGUUGAAUUCUCUAGAUAGGGAACAUGCAGUUGAUGUGAGGAAUAGUCUGAUAUUCAAUGCAUUUGUCCUCUGCCAAAUUUUCAAUGAGUUCAAUGCUCGUAAACCAGAUGAAAUAAAUGUCUUCAGUGGAGUUACCAAAAACCGCCUUUUCAUGUCAAUAGUUGGAAUUACCUUUGUACUUCAGAUACUCAUCAUUGAAUUCCUUGGAAAAUUUACAUCAACAGUGAAACUCAAUUGGAAGCAAUGGCUUAUAUCCAUUGUUAUCGCUAUAAUCGGCUGGCCUCUUGCUGUGCUCGGGAAGCUUAUUCCAGUUCCUGCCACUCCAGUCUCCAACUACUUCACUCGGCCAAUCCAACGAUGGAGAGCGGCUCGUAAUGCUCGUAAUGACAUGUGAACAAUAGUGAUGAAGUAUCUGUUCAUUCUGUGGCCAAAAAAAUUAUAAUAAGUCUAUUUUGCGAAAAUCUAACUUUACUUGUAAACAUCUGACAUAUCACAAAUUAUUGUUAUUAUUUUUUUUUUUUUUUGAGAAUGUGACAAGUUAUUAUAUUUAGAAAUCAUUUGUAAAAGAGUUGUAUUUAUUACCCAUUUUAAUCUACGCAAAACUGUGGAUGUGUAAAACUGUGGAUUAGCGUGUGGUAGUAUUUAUCCUUUGUAAAAUUGGCAUUCUUUUGUUGUAUGUGGAGUGUAAAUGAAAAGAUUUGUAUAAUGGAUUGAAAUUA